AUGCAAGUCUUGUUCGCUGUCGCUACCAUCGCCGCCGUGGCCGUUGCCCAAACCACCACCACCAAGCCCGCGGUGACCACCGUGGCUGCCACCACCGUCCGCCCUGCCAACGCGACCGGCAACAGCACCAACCCUUCCGCCGUCAUUUCGGCUACCGUCAAGCCGGCCACGACUGUCGCCGGUGCCACGACCAAGGCGGCCACCACGGCGGCCCCCACGACCGCUAAGCCUUCGUCCGCGUCGGCUGCGUCUGUGGUGGCCAGCGUCGCGAUCGUCGCUGCGUGGGCUGCCGUCCAGUAA